AUGUCGUCACCGGCUGCCAAUACCAACGGCGCUCAUGGCAAGAAGCCGCUUGAGCAGAUCACUUUCCGCUUCUGUUCUGAGUGCAGCAACAUGCUGUAUCCCAAGGAGAACGAAGACGAGCGCAAGUUGAUGUUCACCUGCCGGACUUGUAACUAUAGCGAGGAGGCGACAUCGAUGUGCAUCUACCGCAACGUCCUCAACAACGCCGUCGGCGAGACCGCCGGCGUCACUCAAGACGUCAGCAGUGAUCCUACGGUGGGUAGCCCCUCGUCUUCUACUCUUUCUACUACGCUUGCUCCUGCUUCAAUUUCCUCUCCCGCAUCCUCCAAGCCCUCUGAGGGUGGCUCUGUCGGUUGCUGCUAUUCAUGCGGCCGCAUGAUUAUGUGUGAGCGUUGCGGCCUUCGCUUGGCUGUCCUUCCUGUUGAUGAAGACGACAACGAUAUGGCCAUUCCUCCGCUGUUCACAACCUCUAAUGAUGGCGACGCUGUGCUGUCCCCUGUCUACCAACAAGAUGAGGUAGAGAUUCAGCCUUGGUCGCACAGCAUCGACACACUUGUCAACUAUGUCGCGCGCAGCCAGGGCUUCUUCGGAGAUUUGGAGGAUAUAGAAGGAGGGGAAGAGGUUGAGGAAGAGGUGGUCGAGAUCGAGAAUCCGGAAGAGAAGACGGCAGUGGACCAGCCUUUGGGCGCCUUCUGA